AUGCAGGGCCUCUGGCGGCCGCUACUGGCCUUGGGCCUGCUGCUCUUCCUUGGCCUCAGCCUCCUGCCGGCGGGGGAAGAAGACCCAGCCUUCUGGAACCGCAAGGCAGCCCAGGCCCUGGAUGCAGCUAAGAAGUUGCAGCCCACGAAGAAGGCGGCCAAGAACCUCAUCAUGUUCCUGGGGGACGGCAUGGGAGUGUCCACAGUGACGGCCGCCCGGAUCCUGAAGGGCCAACUGCAAGGCAAGCCGGGGCCCGAGACGCCCCUGGCCAUGGACCGCUUCCCCUACGUGGCUCUGUCCAAGACCUACAACGUAGACAGGCAGGUGCCCGACAGCGCGGGCACAGCCACGGCCUUCCUGUGCGGGGUCAAGGCUCACUUCCAAACCCUCGGCGUGAGCGCGGCCGCCCGCCACGGCCAGUGCAGCACCACCCGGGGCAACGAGGUCACCUCCGUCAUGUACCGGGCCAAGAAAGCAGGGAAGUCCGUGGGGGUGGUGACCACCACGAGGGUGCAGCACGCCUCCCCGGCCGGCGCCUACGCGCACACUGUGAACCGAGGCUGGUACUCAGACGCCAACAUGCCCCAGGACGCCCUGCAGGAGGGCUGCAAGGACAUCGCCCACCAGCUGGUCUACAACAUGGACAUCGACGUGAUCCUGGGUGGAGGCCGCAAGUACAUGUUUGCCAAGGGGACCCCGGACCCCGAGUACACACAGGACCCCAGCCAGAAUGGAGUGAGGAAGGACGGGCGCAACCUGGUGCAGGAGUGGCUGGCCAAGCGCCCGGGCGGCCAGUACGUGUGGAACCGCACGGCCCUCCUCCAGGCAUCCCAGGACCCCUCUGUGACACACAUCAUGGGCCUCUUUGAGCCGGGAGACAUGAGCUAUGAGAUCUUAAGAGACCCCAACCAGGAUCCAUCCCUGAUGGAGAUGACAGAGGCGGCCCUGCGCCUGCUCAGCAGGAACCCCAAGGGCUUCUUCCUCUUUGUGGAGGGGGGCCGCAUCGACCAUGGCCACCACGAGGGCAUCGCAUACCGGGCGCUGACGGAGACCAUCAUGUUCGACUCCUCCAUCGAGAAGGCCGGGCAGCUCACGAGCGAGAAGGACACACUGACCCUGGUCACGGCGGACCACUCGCACGUCUUCACCUUCGGCGGCUACACGCUUCGUGGCUCCUCCAUCUUCGGACUGGCCCCCGAGAAGGCCUCCGAUGGCAAGAGCUACACCUCCAUCCUAUAUGGCAACGGCCCUGGGUACCCACUACUCUCACCUUCCAGGCCCAAUGUCACCGAGGCCGAGAGCAGUAAAAAAACCUACCUUGCACAGGCGGCCGUGCCCCUGACCUCUGAGACCCACGGCGGGGAGGACGUGGCCGUGUUCGCGCGGGGCCCGCAGGCGCACCUGCUGCGCGGGGUCCAGGAGCAGCACGUCCUGGCCCACGUCAUGGCCUUCGCCGCCUGCCUGGAGCCCUACACCGACUGCGGCCUCCAGGAUAUUGAGGGUACCAGGCCCUCCGACGCUGCCCUUCCCGGGCCGGCUGCCACCCCCCCGUCCCUGCUGCUGCUGGCCGGGGCGCUGCUGCUGCUGGUGACCAGCGCCCCCUGA